AUGAAGAAGUACAUGGUGGCUGAUCUGAAGCUAGAGAUUCAACCUCGCGAGUCGAAAGUUUACAUCCCCUCCUGGCAUCAACACCCUGAUCUCUCGCAGCUGAAGAAGAGCCUUAAGCGCCGUCUCAAGACUCAACUUCUUCACUUCGAGGUCGUCACUGGCGGGAUUACACUUGGCGGCCUGCCUAUCGGCACGGAUGGAUUUCAUGCUAGUCAGCUCCGAGCGAAGGUUUCUACCCUCAACAAAGAGCUCUCGAAGCUCGGGCUCGUCCAGCAUGGCUUCAUGUUCAAGACGCUGGUGAGGGCGAGCCAUCUCCAGAAGCUGCGCUUCUUCCUUCAGGGGUCAUCUCCGUUUCUCCCGCGGGUCCAAUCACAGAUUCGUCGCUUUGAUCUCUCUGUCCACCUGGCGCUUGAGAAAUACCAGUUUGCGAGGUUCAAGCGGGAGCUUCCGCAUAGUCGGGGAGGGGACGAGUUCACGCCCUCUGAGGGUCUACACCCCGCUGUUUACUAUACGGCUAUCGCUCGCUUCCUCGCUUGGUACUCUGACCAGCCCAUGUCACGGACGUUGCCCCGCAGGAUAGGGUCUGCAAGGAACAAGCUGAACCGGCAGGUACACAGUCCACAGCGAGAAGCUGCACAAACACACAGUGUCUUGCAGUCUACCAUCUUUGCUCAUUUUCCUGAGCGUGACCUGAGCCACUCUCCGAUGCGAGUCUCGAGCUACUACCUCCUCAAGGCCUUCCCGCACCGCUAUGCUCAGAUGCUCGACUGCUAUCUCCAUGGCAUGCCGAUCUGCCAGUGUCCGACGGAAUGUGAUGGAUGUCAGCGCGAGCUCGAUCCCUCCGUUGCUGCACAUCAUCUCCAGACCUGCAAACGCCGAUCCUCCAAGCUUCCCACGGCGCAUGACAACCUUACUCGUACGAUUCGGUCGAUGCUGAACGAAGCUGGUCUUCAGAGCGUCAUCGAUACAGUCGGGGAUCCUCGUUCUCGACGGCAGGUACCCUCCCAUCCUCAUGGCCGCAAGAUGAAGGGCGAUAUCCACAUCCCUGGAAUCCGCGAUCGAGGGUCCGAGCAGUACGAGGGCUUGAUGGCGGACGUGACGUUGGUCCACCCUUACAUUGGUAGCUCUGCCGACCUGACCAAGUGGGGGGAGGUCAACCUCGACGCCCUCCAUGUUGCAGCGUCUGAGAAGAUUCGCAAACAUCGCGCUGCAUAUGCCAUGACUACUCCUCCUCGAGCGGCUGCUUGUCUGCGCGGCUUCGCGCUUGGGCUGGCGCUGCCGCGUCUGCUUCUCGCUGUGGACUGUGUGCCUGCCGUAAAUCCAUUACCUCCUCGAGCGUUCAUCCCUCUUGCCAUCUCGACGGACGGUACCCUGCAUCCUGACACCCUCCGCUUCAUCUGGUAUCUGGCGGACAUCAUUGCUCAGCGCUCGAUGCCUCUUGAGGAUGCGGCGUUUGGUCGGCACUUCGUGCCUGAUGAUGGACCUGCUGCUGAGGUCUUGGCUCGCAAGCGCGCCGCCACCUAUCAGCGCCUCACUAUGCAGCUGACGCUGGAGGCGCUCUUGUCUGGUGCGAGGCGCAUGACGCCCUUGCGGGCGCAAGCACUUCUCGAGCCAGAGGACAGCUCCUCCUCGGACUUUGUCGAGUCGCCCGAGGAGGAGUCUUCGAGUCGCCGGAGGUCUCCGACUCCGAUGGGGGAAACACUUCGAGUGGCGCCGACGACCGGCGCGGACUCCGCUAGCGAGGCGUCUCCGUCCCUGUGA